AUGUCGUACUUCUUUUCGACGCCCGUGGACAUAGAUAUUGUCCUCGCGGACGCCGACAAGAGAGCCAUGGUCGACGUUAAGCUGGACAAGAACCGUCGCGAGAAAGUCCCCCUCUACAUGGACGGCGAGUCCGUUAAGGGCUGCGUGACUGUCCGGCCCAAGGACGGCAAGCGCCUAGAACAUACAGGCAUCAAAGUCCAGUUUAUUGGGACAAUAGAAAUGUUCUUCGAUCGGGGUAACCAUUACGAGUUCCUCUCUCUCGUCCAAGAGUUGGCGGCUCCCGGCGAGCUGCAACACCCGCAGACCUUCGACUUUAAUUUCAAGAAUGUCGAGAAGCAGUACGAGUCGUACAACGGCAUUAACGUGAAGCUGCGGUACUUUGUGCGCGUGACGGUCUCACGGCGCAUGGCCGAUGUGAUCCGCGAGAAGGACAUUUGGGUGUACAGCUACCGCAUCCCUCCCGAGCUUAAUAGCAGCAUCAAGAUGGAUGUUGGUAUUGAGGACUGCCUGCACAUUGAGUUUGAAUACAGCAAGAGCAAGUACCAUCUCAAGGACGUUAUUGUCGGUCGGAUCUACUUCUUGCUUGUCCGGCUCAAGAUCAAGCACAUGGAGCUGAGUAUCAUCCGACGUGAGACCACUGGCGUUGCUCCAAACCAGUAUAAUGAGAGUGAGACGUUGGUGCGGUUUGAGAUCAUGGAUGGCUCGCCCUCACGAGGAGAGACGAUACCAAUUCGCCUCUUCCUGGGUGGCUUCGACUUAACCCCGACCUUCCGGGAUGUCAACAAGAAAUUCUCCACAAGAUACUAUUUGAGUCUAGUGUUAAUCGAUGAAGAUGCAAGAAGAUACUUCAAGCAGUCAGAAAUUAUCCUUUACCGGCAACCACCCGAGUACGACAACCAGCUAUUACCCCCGCCACCGGAUCAAAAGCAGGUGACUGCGCCUUUGGCAUGA